AUGACAGUUUUUUCCAAUGUGGAUCCAUCAGAAGUUCGUAAGCAAAAAGGAAAGUUUGGGGAAGCAUUGAUCAAGCAUGAAGAAAAAUUUAAUGAUAACAAGGUACAAAGAUGGAGGGAAGCUCUACAUGAAGCAGCCAAUCUUUCUGGUUGGGACUACAAGAAUAGUGAAGCUGAACUUGUCCAAAUAAUAGUUGAAGAUAUCUUAAAGUCUAAUUUAGAUCAAAUGUCAUUACAUGUCGCUAAAUAUCCAGUUGGAAUAAAUUCUCGUGUAGAGGACAUACAGUUGCUUUUAGAUAGAGAAUCAAAUGAUGUUUGUGUGGGUAAAACUACAAUUGCAAAAGUUCUUUAUAAUAAAAUUUUUAAUCAUUUCAAAGUAAGAAUUUUUCUAGAGCAUGUUAGAGAGAUGUCAGAGACAAAUGAAGGCAUAAUCCGCCUCCAAGAGAAACUUCUUUUUGAGAUAUUAGGGAUUAAGGAUUUGAAGGUUUUUACAGUUCUUGAAGAUGUGGAUAAAUUGGACCAAAUAGAAAAAUUGCUUGGAAAUUAUGAUUUGUUUGCUCCUGGAAGUAGAAUCAUUAUAACAACAAGAGAAAAACACUUGCUAGCCACUUCUGGAAAAGGCUAUUCAACCAAUGAGGUUAAGGAGCUAGAUGAUGAUGAAGCUCUUGGGUCAGAUAAAAUUCGAGGCAUAGUGUUACGCUCACCAGAACCAACAAAGUUGCAAUUAGAAGCAAAAUGUCUUGAAAAUGUGGAAAAUCUCAAAUUCCUUAUAAUUGAUAAUGUAGAAAUUUGUGGAAUUCUUGAUUAUUAUCCCAAUGAUUUAAGGGAAUUACCUGACUUAUCAAGUGCCACCCCAAACAUAAAAAAUUUGGAUCUCCGUGACUAUACAAAAUUAGUCAAGAUUCAUGACUCUGUUGGACAUCUUGAUAAGCUUGAAUGCUGGGACCUCCGAGGUUGCAAAAGGAUUAAGAGGUUCCCCAAUAUUCCACAAGAAAUGGAAAAUUUAAAGUUUCUAAGUUUGGGAUACACUACCAUUACAGAGCUUCCUCCAUCAAUUGGAAAUCUCACUGGGCUUGAGUGA